AUGUCGGUGGGCCGUAGACAUGCCGGGUUUAUUGAUGACUAUGGUCAUACCUAUAUGGUUGGGGAUAAUACUUUUGGGCAGUGUGGCAGGAAGAUUAAGGCUAAGAAUGUUAAUCCAGAAGAUGGUACUCUCAUGCCCCUACAGGAGAGUAGGGACCCUCCGGAUUGGUUCGGUAUUCCUGCUAAGCCUCUGCUCAGUGUACCUGGGAAGGCCUCGCAGGUAUCAUGUGGUGGUAGGCAUACUAUGGUACUAGGUGAGGAUGGUAGGGUGUGGGCUUUUGGGGAUGAUAGUAGGAUACAGUUGGCUCUAGGGGAUACCAGGUCUAAGCCGCAGGACAUGAUGGGUCCUGGUAAGAGAGGUUGGCAGAGUAUAUACAAUAUGGGUGAUGAGAAGAUGCAUAGGUUGGAGGAUAACAACCCUCAUGCCCCACGAGUACAGUAUAGCUACUAUGACCCUCAUUGUCAAUGGCGCCCUAAACUAACCCAGCAGCCUCCACCACAGAGUCAAGAGGGACUGAGUAUUCUCGAUGAAGAGAAGGCACGUCGGUCAAAGGAUGUUGAAUGCAAUAUCCUCUUCGCCUGUGGAGAGAAUCUGUUCACUAAAGUAGAAGAGGUGCAAUGCGGAUCCCAUCACUGCCUGUGUAGAUUAAGUGAUGGUACUGUAUACACCUGGGGGAAGAACCAGCAUGGGCAGGGAGGUGUUGGCAACCGGGCGACUAUCUGCCCGCCAGCAGCAGUGCUCGGCAGUAGACAGCGAGGGCCCCUGAGAGAAGAUGUUGAGACUAAUAAUAGCACAGUACGUAGAGAGGUCAACACCGGGUCUAAGGAUGUGAGCGAUACGUCCUAUAUUGCCUUUGAUGAGAAGGGUAUGAUACCAGUGCCUGAGGACACACGUACAUGGCAACAGAGGAUGGAGGCAUGGGUGGCUGAUAUCAAACACAUGUUCAUUACGGAACCUUCAAUGCUUGACCUGGAAGAAGAGUCUAAACCUAGUGAACGUACUGGCAUACAGGAGAAGUAUCAGCUCACAACAGAUGGUAGGGUUCUAGCCAUGUUUUGCUAUGAGCAUGAUCAAUCAGAGCAAAUGCCUUGGCGUCCAAUUGGUAUUGCUGCUGGGGGUAACGCUAGUGCUAUCAUAGCUGUAUGGGAGCAGUCUGUAGCGGAUGAUAUCUCUGAGGAACGAGAGAAGCAGAGACAGGAUAAUGCAGCGCUAUUGAUGCAACAGAUGGCUGAGUUGGAGAAGAGGAAGGAGGCUCUUGAUGCAGGAGUCGCCCCUACUACCGUUAACGAGGAUAAAACUGAUGCAUGA